GAGGGGGCGGAGGGAGGGCACUUCAUCAGGAGGCGAUGGCGGCACUGCCGUGACAUCACCCCGCGGCUUAUAUAGUUGGGGAAGGGUCCGGGUUCCCCGUCUGGUGCCUGCAGCCGUCCGCCAGCGCGUGUGCUGGAGGCGCGGAGCGGCGAGAAGCGGCGGGGCUCUGUCUGUGUGUCUGUCUCUCUCUCUCUCCAUCUCUCCCCAGGAUUUAUGGACUUUACUUUCUAGAGGGCGGCGCAGCAAGGAUGAGAGCCCAGCUGGUGUGCGUGGUGCUGCUGGCCUUGGCCUCCUGCACCCUCUGCUCAGAUUCAGAAGAGGAAAUGAAAGCAUUAGAAGCAGAUUUAUUGACCAAUAUGUACACAUCAAAGAUUAACAGAGCAAAACUUCCUUACUGGAAAAUGACCCUGCUAAAUGUCUGCACUCUUGUCAACAACAUGAACAACCAAGUUGGGGAAGCAGUAGAGGUAGAUGAAGAGGACCUUGUUUCAGGAAGACAGUUUCCCGCUGCUCUGGAUGGCUUCAGCUUGGAAGCAAUGCUCACAGUGUAUCAACUCCAAAAAGUUUGCCACAGCAGAGCCUUUCAGCAUUGGGAGUUACUUCAGCAAGAUGUUUUUGAUCUAGCGAACUCAAGCCAAGAGAAGGAAAUAAUGAAAAGAAAAAAUCCUUAUAUUCUGAAACGGCAGCUACAUGUGAACAAAGCUAGACGACCAUACAUACUCAAGAGAAGUUCAUUUUACUGAUGCAGCAGAAGAAAACAAUGUAUAUUUAGUUUAUAGGUAACUGUGCAUUAUGGUUAUCUUAUUUAAAUCUAAAAUCAUACUUGUGUGAAAAUAUACUAUGAAAAAUCAUCAAGAUGAUAACAUAACUGUGUCUUUUUUGCAAUUGCUGUUUCUUGACUGUGAUUUUUUCCUACUUGAGAUUAAUUGGACCAAUACAUUUGCAAAUAAAUCCAGUUUCUAAGCAUGAUGUAUUGUACAAAACUGAGAUUUCAAAAUAUUUCCAACAAUAUUGUAGUCUUUUCCUAGUUUAUAAAGCACACCGACAUACACCAAGUAAAUUGAUAUUGUCCAUAAACCCUACCAAGAUUCCUACAAUUUCUUAAUGCAACACGUCAAACAUAUAUAUGCUUGCAAAUUUUCUGUAUAAUACACUAGUCAGAACUGUCACAAUAUUUUAUAUGUUGGCCAGUUUAAUUUUUUAGGGAUUAGUUCUAAGGAAGGGAGAAAAACUAUCAGCUAACUGUUAAAUGGCAACUUCAAAAUUGAUAUUUUACAUAACCUGAUUGUAGAGUAAUUUUAAGUUCUUGACUCCUAACUUGCCACAAAAGAAUAAUAGCUUCAGAAAAUGAUACAUAAAUGAGACUGUAACAAUGUAUGCUAGUGAGAACAAACCCAGAUGAGUCUUGUGUGUCACCAACUAAAUAAGAAAAACAGUUUAUUAAUUCAGUAAAAGAAUUUGUAGUGUUUACCUAAUCUAUGAGUGCUCAGGGAAAAAAAAAAUAAAGACAAAAAAUAAAAGCUGA